CUGCUAUUCUUCUUCUUCAUCAUCCUCAUCCUCCAACAGCCGGGGGAAGGGGGGAGGGAGGGAAGCUGCAAACUUCUGCCAUUCAGCCCUCCUCCUUAUUUACUAUCAGAUCAUCUACAGGCACUAACUGCCUGCUCACUGCUGGGACUCCUUCUGCUGCCCCUGAUCCGGUCUGUAUACCUGUGUGUGUGUUCGAGCAGAUCACUUUAUGAAGAUGUUUGGAUAUUGAUAUUAAGGAUAGCUGCUUUGAGUAGCACAUGAACCAAUGCCAUGCUUGUGAGCUACAGCCAUGCUUCUGCAUGCAUUGUGAUUUCUAAGGUUUCCUAAAGGGGAGUCUUAAACCAUUUUGUUUUCCACAAAUUUUUCAACGUUCAGAUUAAAAAUGCCAGUCCAGUCACUUUCAGAGUUUGAUUGCCCAGAUGGGGUGGGCAGUGCCAUUGGUUCUCAGAUGGAGAGUCCUGAUUCUUCCCUAACCCUAAAACGGACCAAUACCAUUUCACACAAGAACCUGCAAGAAACCUUUUUAAUGCAGGCAGAGGGAGACAUGACAUUUGACUGCAUGUUUUGUGACCAGGCCUAUAAACAUCAUGAGGAUCUAGGAAAGCAUGUGUUGGUCCAGCAUAGGCCAACCCUCUGUGAGCCAGAAGUCCUCCGUGUUGAAGCAGAGUACCUCAGUCCUCAGGAUAAGCGCAGAAAAGGUUCUGUACCUUUGGUGAAAGAGGAGCUAAAGGAUAAGGAUGGGCUUGACUGUGAGGUUUGCGGUCAGACUUUUGAGCAUUCUGUUGACUUGGGCACCCACUUGAAAAAGCACAAAGAUUCCUUCACCUACUGCUGUAGCAUCUGUGGGAGGAGAUUCAAAGAGCCCUGGUUCUUAAAGAAUCAUAAGCGAACCCAUACAACCAGAUCAGGGGCCAAAAACAAACAGUCGCCAGCAGGUGAAGAGAUGCCGGCGACCAUAAAUGAUGUUGAGCAAGAACAGAAGCCCCAAAGCGCAAUGUCACCCUAUAAAUUGUGCGUGAUUUGUGGAUUCUUUUUCCCUGAUAAAUACACACUCAUGGAACAUAGUAAAAUACAUUCCAAGGAUUCUAGUUUAUCUGGGGAUGUUACAAACAAUUCUGUCCCAUCCAUGGAUAACUCAUGUUCACCUGAGAAGUGCGAUAUAGAUGCCGCAACCACCCCAAAACAUGACUUCAUGAGUUUUCUAAACCUUAACCCAACAGCUCAGGCCACAAAAAAGGUUCUUGCUAUCAGCAAAUCCAUUGGAGAAUUAGAUCCAUUCACCACAUACCAGUCAUGGCAGUUGGCAACUAAAGGCAAAGUUGCCCUGUCUCUUGGCAGAGAGAAGGAACCAUUACUGGAAUUUAAAGCCAGUGCUGAUAUGUCUUCUGAAAAGGAAGGACAUGGUGAUGGCUGGCAUGCUGGAAAACAAGAUAAUGUGAAGGGCUAUGCAGAUGCUACUCUACCUCAUGACAAUGAUAAACAAGGGGCCUGUGUUAAAGCGCCUUCAUUAGAGGGGGAAGAAAAGUUGGCCACCAAGGACAAGCCAACUCUCUGUAGUUGCUGUGGAAAAAUCUUUAAAACCUACCAUGCCCUUGUUUUGCAUUCUCGAGUGCAUAGAAAUAGCAGAAGCGAUUCUGAAUCUUCCGCUAUGAGUGGAGGAGAGGGAGCCUUGUUAGUUUGUGCAGCCAAUGAGGCCUCUUCUGACCCAACGGCCAUAGAUCCCAUUCCUGGCGCUGCAGCCAAUCGGGUUACUCUGGAAAGCACAGAAGCUGGUGAUGUGACAAAAGUACAAGAAGAUUCAGAAGAAGAUUCGGAAGACAUGGGGGAUGCUGUGCAGUCUGACAAAAAUGAAGACGGUGAAGUCAGACUAAAAGCCAAAGGACUCCCUACCUCUAAAGAAUGCAACUACUGUGGAAAAUCCUUUCGCUCAAAUUAUUACCUCAAUAUUCAUCUCAGGACGCACACUGGGGAGAAACCCUACAAAUGUGAAUUUUGUGACUAUGCAGCUGCUCAAAAGACCUCUCUACGGUACCACUUAGAAAGGCACCAUAAAUUUAAGCCUGGAGACUCUAAUGCUCAUGUGAAAAGCAUUGGAAAAUGUUCUCCCGUUCCUCAGGGCUCUGGCGAUCUUGUGCCAGUACUUAAUCAUGCCAGCAAUGAAGCCAGACCAAUGCCAACGAUUUCUAACCCUACCAAAAAGGACCGUGUAAAUGCAAAGGAUCAAGGAAAUUCUAUUCAACCUUCUGAACAUUUAGAAGGACAUAAAGUGGCACCCGGAAGGGAAAACGUCAUCCCAAAGAGAGAGCGAGCCUCUACCCCUACCCAGGUGUUUAGUAAAGAGUCGACUGUUUCACACUGUGAGAAGCAGAGUUCAGACCAACAAGUACCAAAUCCAGCUGACUGGAGUAUGGAAGAGAGUGAUAGUUUGAGUAUUUGUGAGAAAGAGAAUGUACAUCACACCUCACUUUCUAUAAAAGAGGAUGUACAGGACGAUUCACUUCCAAUGAAAGAGGAUGCACAGCCAUUAAACCUUUGCCUAAAGCCUUCAGAUUAUUCUGCACCUUCAACAAACAGUGCCUUGUCUGUAAGCACCUGCCCCUACUGUAGCUACAAAUCUUUAUACCCAGAAGUAUUAAUACUGCACCAAAGGCUGACCCACAAUAGCAAUUCUGAUGCUGUUCCAAAAAAUGUUCGGCCUAAAACUGCUGCGCAGAUGGCGGCUAUGAGAAGGACUGGUUGCCCUUUGGUGCUUCGUGGUGUGGAUGUUCCUCCCUUAGCUUUAAAUGGGAAAAAAUCCAAAACUUCAUCAGUGGUGCCCAAAGCCAACCCUGAGAGGCCUAAACAGCUUUCAGUUCUGCCAAACAAAGCUGCUGCAGGAUCAGACUCUAAGAGCCCUGAACAAGGUCCUAAUAAAUUGCAUGCAAGACCAACUAAUGCUUCGCCACUGGUAAACCACAGUUACAUGCAGCCGGAUUUACAAGGAAUUACUCAUUUGCUAGAGCGUAUGCAGCAAAGCGAACAAAAUGUAACAUCUCUGAAUAUUCCGUACCAAGGCAGAAACAGUUUUUCAAAGGAUUACCCUUACCCAUCUGCUCCUUCAUGGUCUGGGGAGUAUCCAUUCACUAGAAUGCUGAACAGUACCCAUAUAGAAAGCGGAGAGCCCUACUCAAAGAGACUUAAGCACAAUACACCUAUUGCUGACUCUACCCGGUACCCAACAAAGACCAAUGUGGUCCCAAACCCUCCAUACUCAAAACUUGCUAGCUUCCUUCUCCAGGAAAAAUCCUUGUUAAAUUCUGGAGCCCCUUUGUUGCCUCAUGGUGUGAGUAGUCCACAUGCUGUAGAAUCACGUUGGAGACAAAUCAUUCCUGCUCCUCCAACCACAGGACCAACCUACAGAGUACUAGAUCCUUCCUUCAGUCAGGAGCCUUCCUCCGUAACAGAAGGAAGAAAAGCACCUAUAAACCGACAUGUAUCAAAGCGGGGGUUUGGACCAAAUGACAAAGCCUAGAUUUUUCCAGUUUAAUAAUGAUCCAGUUUCUGGGGACUUUCUAUGGAAUUCCUUUCUGAAAUCUACUGAAAACAAAGUGGAUUGUUUCUACAAAGAACACUAGAACACAAGUUAUUUUGGCUUUUCCCUUUGAAUUUUGUUUCUGUUGCAGAUAUACUGUAUUAUAAAAGUUAUAGAAUGUUUUGUGUAUAUUUAUAUAUAAAUAUAUCUAUUUUUGGAAUGUUGUUUUUCCCAAGAGACCAAAUUAAAGGGGAGACACUGUAUUAUUAUUAUUUCUGUUUCAUAUCCCUGCCGUUUUCCAAGGGAGGGGGAGAGAAGAUAUGUAUCUGUAAACUGUAUGCGUGGCAAUUUCCCAUAUUCUUCCAACAUUCAUUUCUGUUGAAAAAAUAUAGUGUUGUCAAAAAAAACAAACCUGUUUACUGUCUGCGUAAUCAAAAGGGGUUCCAUGUUUUUCCCUGUGUUUUAAUUUUGGUUCAGUAAUUUACUCCCUGUGUCCUUAAUUUAAGGGAAAGUCAAACUGCUAGAAAGGAAAAUGACUGUAUAUUAUUUUAUGUGCAGGGAAUGCUCCUUGAUGGUUUUAGAUUAUGGUGUGCCCAGAACAUUCCUUCUCUGAAUUGGAGCUGCUCUACUGAUUGCCUUGACAGCAGCACAUUUUAAAGACCUGUCUGUUGGUGAAGGCAAGCAGUACAGCAACUCCCACUGAUGUAUAAUGGGCAACUCUGCCCUUUUCCGUUAAUUUAAAUAAAUCUUUGAAUUUCAUGGGCAAGAGAUUGCAGGGGCCUAUCCAAUCCAGACUCACCAUCCAAUAGAAUUACAGUCCCAACAGAACUGCACCACUUCCAGUAAAACUACAGGAGACUCUUAACCCCAUGCGGACUCUAUAAUGCUGCUGCAGCCAAUGUACCAAUGUAUAUUAGCCUGUGAACGGUGGCUUUUUUUUUUUUUUAAUAUAUAUAUAAAAAUAAUGUUGCCAAAUUGGGGAAUUUUUAGAACAGCCCAAAAAGAACAUGGGCACAAACUCUGGGUGUGAAAAGAUAUUGUAAUGGUAACAGUAGCUGACUGUACAGGUGAAUUUCAGUCUGAUUAUUUGCCCAGUUGGUUUCUGAUGUUGGGUGUGUCAUAAUACAGAGUACUGGGUAAUGGCAAAAUGUGAAGUUGCUUUCUACUGCCACCUAGAGGCUGAGGGGGAUGACACUGUAACACAAAGGAUUGGCUGUUAAGUAGAAGCCAGAGUCAGUCAGUCCCUGUUCAGGCAGAGUAAUUGCUGGAAUUGAAAUUCCUGCUCAGGUGAAUAAGUUUAAUGAACUAUUGUCUUGGCACAGUUAGGUGGAUUUUGGUGCUGAUUUAAUCACUCCCAGAGAUUGGUCUUGCAGGUCUUGGUUAGGGAAGCAGAAGUAAAGGAAUACUAAUGGCAGCUAAAACCUCCAGCAAUGAUGGGUAUAUGGCAUCUGGGUUUCUGUACCUCACCCCAAAAUCUGAUAUCCUGCUGGUGUGAGUUUAUGUAUGUGCCUACCUGUACCCACGGUGCUUUGUGCCACAUAGAUGCCAAGUCUCCCUUUGCACUUUUUAUAUUUAUUUCCAACAUACUUUGGUGAGUUCGGCCAGUUUUAAUAGGGUUCUAUUCCUCCUGAUCUGGAAAUGAGUUCUAUUAACCAAGCCCGUUCUUUCAGCUGGUUGGAUCAAGGCCCCUGCAAAUAGGUUUAUAGAUCCAUUAGCUGCAGUAUAACGUCUCCCCUUAAUCAUGGCACCUGCUUCUAAGGUUCAGGGCACAGAUAAGGAGGUUCAUGGGAAUUAUUUGGGCUGGACUAGUUGCAUUAAAAAUGGGGGAAUUCGGCACAAAUUAUAUAAAAGGGAUGGACCAAUAAGAUUGUCUUUAGAAAAUCAUUAUCUGCACGAUGGUCAGUUGUUUGGAGAAGUAUGGCUACUGCAAAAGUGAGAAGAUUGAAAUGUUCCCCAAAACUGCUAUUUUCUUUCAGUAUUAAUGGACAUGGAAUUCUCCCCCCCACAACUUUCAUUUUGCUGUUUCUUUUUGUUGCAUAUUUAUUUUAUCCCAUUUAUGUUUUGUAUCACAGUCUUUUUAAUUUAUAAAUUUCAUUUUUUCUUUGUGUUUAUUAUCUGUGGAUUUGUAAAUACAAAAUUUGGUGUUUUGCAA